GCCGUCUAUUCCAUCCUCACAUAUAAGCCUCGGUGCCGCCCUGUGCAUGGUCAACCGACGGUCAAGAUGUUCUCUUUCACCGUUGCCUUCGCUGCUGCUUUCCUAGCCUCCACUGCCGCCGCGCACGGCGGUGUGAGCAGCUACAUCAUUGGUGGCCAGGAGUACCCAGGAUGGGAGCCGUACAAUAGCCCGACUGGCCAGUCGAGCAUCGAGAGGCCGUACAGCACCUACGAUCCGAUCAUGAGCGCUACCGCUGCGACCAUCCACUGCAACGACAACGGCGCCGCCAGCGGGAGUCAGCUCACCGCCAACGUCACCGCCGGCUCCGAGAUCACGGCCAAGUGGAAGCAGUGGACGCACCGCGAGGGGCCGGUGAUGGUGUACAUGGCGGACUGCGGGGGCGACUGCACGAGCGCGAACAGCGCGAGCCUGAAGUGGUUCAAGAUCGAUGAGGCGGGUUUGCUGUCAGGGACGGUCGGCGCUGGGGAGUGGGGCAACGGUAUCGUGGUCGACACCCUCGAGUGGACGUCGACUAUCCCAGCGAGUCUGGCGCCCGGGAACUACAUGAUUCGCCACGAGCUCCUCGCCAUCCACCAGGCGAACACGCCCCAGUUUUACCCCGAGUGCGCGCAGCUGCAGGUCACCGGCGGCGGAGGCGCGAAGCCGAGCGGGCAGUAUCUCGUCUCCUUCCCUGGCGCAUACUCAGCCUCCGACCCGGGCAUCAACAUCAACAUUUACGACGCAUCGACGGCUGCUUUGACGGCGUACCAGGUCCCGGGCCCCGCUGUCUGGAGCGGGUGAAGGAGUGAUGUCGAAACGACGGUUUCUAGCGAGAAAGCUAUUAGGAACUUCUGUAAAUUGAUAGCGAUACAAGGGGGAAUAGUGUUGUACAUUCAAUGGUUUUGUGAAUGAUCGACUUGGGACGAUUAUUUACGUUUACUUUGAAGCCUAUCGGGAUGAAGCGACGCGAUCCGUGCGCUGAGAGACUGCUGAGCUGAGGCCGAGCCGACGAGCGACUAUUGCCGACCUGACAGAAGAAAACAGGAGAUCGCUGCG